CCGAACCCCGACCCGUCCUCACCCCGCCGCGUCCGCGUGCACACCCGCAGACGCACACGCACGCACGCACGCACGGAGUUGGAUUUUUGGGGGGCGCAUCGCUCUCCUUGAAGUGAUCCUCCUUCCUCCUGCGGUCCGUCGGUGGGAAGGAGCCCGGCGGGAGGAGGCGCGGACCUGAAGCGAUCGGCAUGGAGCUCUCGGCCCGGUCCGGCACGCGCCGGCUGCCAGACGCGCGCGGAUCCGCCGCUGGAGAGCCGCUGUGAGGGAAGAAGUGGAGCCGAGCCGAGCCGCGCCGCGCCGUGCACGGCUUUGUGUGAGUUUGCGGGGCCUCUUUUUGAAAAGCGGAGCCUCGAGGAGCUCCCAGGACCACAGGACCCCCCCCCUCAAGACCCCCCUCCGCUGCCAGGGAUCCGGACCGUGGCGCGCCGCGAUGAAAAGAUGACUUCUUCGGAGAGAACGACCGACCGCUGACUCCACCGCCGCUCCUCACUCCGCCCCCGCCGCCGCCGCCACCACACGUCGACCCAGAGUUCCGAUCCGGCAGCCGGACGGUGAGCGCCGUCAUGGCCGCCGCCGCCAGCGGGCCGCUCGGCUGCCUCGUGCUGCUUCUCUGCGGCCUCCACUGUUCGCAAGGGUUCAGCCGAGCCGCCCUGCCCUUCGGCCUGGUCCGGAGGGAGCUGUCCUGCGAGGGCUACGCCAUCGACCUGCGCUGCCCGGGCAGCGACGUCAUCAUGAUCGAGACGGCCAACUACGGCCGCACCGACGACAAGAUCUGCGACGCCGACCCCUUCCAGAUGGAGAACGUCAACUGCUACCUGCCCGACGCCUACAAGAUCAUAUCACAGAGGUGCAACAACCGUACGCAGUGUGUGGUUGUCACUGGCUCUGAUGUCUUUCCUGACCCGUGCCCGGGAACCUACAAGUACUUAGAGGUCCAGUAUGAGUGUGUUCCCUAUAAAGUGGAACAAAAAGUUUUCAUUUGUCCGGGGACCCUGAAGGGGGUCGGAGCCGCCACCUUCCUGUUUGAGGCCGAGCAGCAGGCGGGCUCGUGGUGCAAAGACCCGCUGCAGGCCGGGGACAAGGUCUUCUUCAUGCCGUGGACGCCGUACCGCACCGACACGCUCAUGGAGUACGCCUCCCUGGAGGACUUCAAGAACGCCCGCCAGACCACCACCUACAAGCUGCCGCACCGCGUGGACGGGACGGGCUUCGUGGCGUACGACGGCGCCAUCUUCUUCAACAAGGAGCGCACGCGCAACAUCGUCAAGUUCGACCUGCGCACGCGCAUCAAGAGCGGCGAGGCCAUCGUCAACAACGCCAACUACCACGACACCUCGCCGUACCGCUGGGGCGGCAAGACCGACAUCGACCUGGCCGUGGACGAGCGGGGUCUGUGGGUGAUCUACGCCACCGAGCAGAACAACGGGCGCAUCGUGGUGAGCCAGCUCAACCCGUACACGCUGCGCUUCGAGGCCACGUGGGACACGGCGUACGACAAGCGCUCCGCCUCCAACGCCUUCAUGGUGUGCGGCGUGCUGCACGUGGUGCGCUCCACCUACGAGGAGAACGAGAGCGAGGCCAGCCGCAGCCAGAUCGACUACAUCUACAACACCAAGCUGAGCCAGGGCGAGUACACCGACAUCCUGUUCCCCAACCAGUACCAGUACAUCACCGCUGUGGAUUACAACCCGCGCGACAACCAGCUCUACGUGUGGAAUAACUUUUACAUCCUGCGCUACGACCUGGACUUCGGACCGCCGGAUCCCGCUGAAGUGCCGGCCAUCGAGGACUUCUCCGUGUCCUCCUCCGGGCCGCGGGCCACCACUUUGUUCACCACCACGGCGGCGUCCACGGUCCGGGCGGCGCCCGGCGACACCACGGCGGCCGGCGGCGCCGGGGCCGGGGCUGACCCCCGAGACGGCCGGGACCCGUUCGAGGACUCCCGGGGGCCGGGGACCGCCGAGCCCACCGUCCCCGAGCUGCCCCCCACCCCCCGGCGCUUCUGCGAGGCCACCAGGAGGAGGGCCAUCGACUGGCCCCAGACCCACACCGGCACCCCCGUGGAGAGGCCCUGCCCCAAAGGGACCAGAGGCGUGGCGUCCUUCCUGUGCACCGUGGCCGGGACGUGGUGCUCCAGGGGGCCGGACCUCAGCAACUGCACCUCCCACUGGGUCACCCAGGUGGCUCAGAAGAUCCGCAGCGGGGAGAACGCCGCCAGCCUUGCUAACGAGCUGGCCCGCCACACUCAGGGCCCGGUGUUCGCGGGAGACGUCAGCUCGUCGGUGCGCCUGAUGGAGCAGCUGGUCGACAUCCUGGACGCUCAGCUGCAGGAGCUCCGGCCCAGCGAGAAGGACUCAGCGGGACGCAGCUUCAACAAGCUUCAAAAGAGAGAGAAGACAUGCAGAGCGUACAUGAAGGCCAUCGUGGACACCGUGGACAACCUCCUGAGGCCCGAGGCGCUGAAGUCCUGGAGGGACAUGAACGCCACGGAGCAGUCGCACGCCGCCACCAUGCUGCUGGACACGCUGGAGGAAGGCGCCUUCGUGCUGGCGGAGAACCUGAUCGAGCCCGCCGUGGUCCAAGUGCCAGCGGAGAACAUCAUGCUGGACGUGUACGUGUUGAGCACCGACGGUCAGGUCCAGGACUUCAGGUUCCCUCAGACCAACAAAGGCGGAGCCACGCUGCAGCUGUCCUCCAACAACGUCAAAGUCAACAGCAAAAACGGUGUGGCUAAGCUGGUGUUUGUGCUCUACAAGCACCUGGGUCAGUUCCUGAGCACGGAGAACGCCACGCUGAGGACGACCGGCGAGCCCAACAAGCACAACCUGUCCCUCACCGUCAACUCGCACAUCCUGUCGGCCUCCAUCACCAAGGAGUCCAGCCGCGUGUUCGUGGCCGACCCCGUCAUCUUCACGCUGGAGCACCUGGACAAGGAGCACUACUACAACCCUAACUGCUCCUUCUGGAACUACUCGGAGCGAAGCAUGAUGGGAUACUGGUCCACUCAGGGCUGCAAGCUGCUGGACACCAAUAAGAGCCACACCACCUGCUCCUGCAGCCACCUCACCAACUUCGCCAUCCUCAUGGCGCACCGCGGCAACGUGCGGGAAGGCAGUGUGCACGAGCUCCUCCUCACCGUCAUCACCCGGAUGGGCAUCGCCGUGUCGCUGGUCUGCCUCGCCAUCAGCCUCUUCACCUUCUGCUUCUUCCGGGGCCUGCAGAGCGACCGCAACACCAUCCACAAGAACCUCUGCCUCAACCUGUUCGUGGGCGAGCUCCUCUUCCUGGUGGGCAUCAACAUGACGGAAACCAAGCUGGUAUGCUCCAUCAUCGCCGGCGUGCUGCACUUCUGCUUCCUGGCUGCCUUCGCCUGGAUGUGCCUGGAGGGCGUUCAGCUCUACCUCAUGCUGGUGGAGGUGUUCGAGAGCGAGUUCUCCCGCAGGAAGUACUACUACGUGUCCGGGUACCUCAUCCCCGCCGUGGUGGUGGGCAUCUCGGCGGCCAUCGACUACCAGAGCUACGGCACGCAGCGGGCAUGCUGGCUGAGGGUUGAUAACCACUUCAUCUGGAGCUUCAUCGGACCUGUGACCUUCAUCAUCGUGGUGAACCUCAUCUUCCUGGUGGUGACCAUGUACAAGAUGGUGAAGCACUCCACGUCCAUGAAGCCGGACUCGUCCAGGCUGGGGGGCAUCAGGUCCUGGGUGUUGGGGGCCUUCGCGCUGCUCUGCCUUCUGGGCCUGACGUGGUCGUUCGGCUUGUUCUUCCUCAACGACUCGUCCGUGGUCAUGGCGUACCUCUUCACCAUCUUCAACACGCUGCAGGGGAUGUUCAUCUUCAUCUUCCACUGCCUGCUGCAGAAAAAGGUCCGUAAAGAAUACAGCAAAUGUUUCCGUCAGUCGCAGUGCUGCGGCACGCUGCCGCCCGAGGGUCCGCACGGCGCCGCCAAGACCGCCACGUCCCGGUCCACCGCCCGCUACUCCUCUGCCACACAGAGUCGCAUCAGACGCAUGUGGAACGACACGGUGAGGAAGCAGUCGGAGUCGUCCUUCAUCUCCGGAGACAUCAACAGCACCUCUACGCUCAACCAGGGGAUGACGGGGAACUACCUCCUCACUAACCCCCUCCUCCGAACUCACGACACUAACCCCUAUAACAACCUGCUGGCAGAAACGGUGGUGUGCAACACCCCCUCUCCACCCGCCUUUCACUCCCCAGGACAGCACUCUCUGAGCAACAGCCGGGACCUGAGCGCCAUGGACACCCUCCCCCUCAACGGAAACUUCAACAACAGCUACUCCCUCCGGGACGACGACUAUGAGGCGGUGGGCGUCCGGGCGCCGGGCGAGCUGGGGGGCCUCAACCUGGACGACGCCGCCUUCGAGAAGAUGAUCAUCUCUGAGAUCGUCCACAACAACCUGCGGCCCCGCGGGGGCCCCAAAGCUCGCGACGGCCCCAGGGAGCGGGAGCGGGCCCCGCCUCUUCAGACCAGGGUGACGGUGGACCGCGGCGGCGGCGGGAGCGGCAGCGAGGACGACGCCAUCGUGGCGGACCACGCCGAGGCCUCGUCCCCGCAGCAAGGGAGGGGCCGGGGGGGCCACGCCACCCUGGAGCUGCUCCUGCACCCCCACCACAAGGAGGCGCUGGAGGCCCCCCUCCUCCCCCAGAGGACUCACUCCCUGCUCUACAGCGCCCAGAAGGCCCCCCGGCGCCCGGAGGGGGGGGGCCACGGCUCCGAGACUGUUCCUGCGGCGGAGGACGGCGGCUCGCAGUCGCCCGGCAACAACAGAGACUCGCUCUACACCAGCAUGCCCAACCUGAGAGACUCGCCCUCGCCCUCCGCCUCGCCGUACCCCCCCGAGGAGGAGGGGGGGCCGUCCCCCUCGCCCCAGAGCGACGGCGAGGACGCCUAUCACAAAAGCAUGCCGGAGCUCGGCGACGCGCCGCCGCUGUCCUACUACCACAUAAACCGCGGCACCAGCGAAGGCUGCAUCGCCCCGCCCGGCGGCGAGGACUGCGCCCCCGAGGGGGAGGCGCCCCCCGACGGACAGAUGCAGCUCAUCACCAGCCUCUGAGCGGCGCCGCCGCCGCGUCUCCGUUCUGCUUCCACGAGACCCGACGGGCAAAUUCGGUCGAUGUCACGAGAGCCGGGCGACCCCAGGUGACCCCGGGCGACCCGGCUCCGCACUUCCUGUCUGAAUGGACACGCAGGAAAAAUGAAUGAUACCAGACUUUUGCACACAGAUCAUCAUUUCACACACACAAACACACACA